AUGGCUUCUGCAUUAAGAUCGGCUGCUGCGUCUAACCGAAUGCGACAAUCAGAUAGCCGUUCGGUUCGUACAGGUGCCUCUGGAGGUAGAUCUGUGGGUCAAACAUCAGGUGUGGUCCGAAAAACAACGGGAACCACUCGACCUGCUCGCAUUUUGCCAAAAGUGUAUGAAAAUAAUCAAGAUGUAACUCCAAAACGACUAAUUGAUCCAGAACCGUAUUUUUCAAAAGUAAAAGAUUCAUUUUUGACUCAUGAUAAUUCAACAACGCCGAGUGAAACCUAUUCAUCAGCACAACCACAAAUAUUUUCAGCAACUAAAUCCUUAAUGGGCAUGAGUCAUGGUGCCGGAAUGAAUUCCGAUAUGGAUAGUAUACCCAGCGAACAAUCCGACACCAUUCAAGAUUUAGCACAAAGUGUAAUUCCCUAUGUAGGAGAAAAAACAUUUGUUUCCGAAGACCCUCGUGAUCAACAACCAACGCUGACAAUGAGUGAAACAGAAACAAUAUUCAUUCUUAGUAUGGAUAGCUCUAUUGUGGCAAAUGAUGCAAAAGAUCUUGAAGAAAUUAAAGAAAGCAAUGAACGAUAUGCCGAGCUUUGUAAAAGUAAACAAGGCACUGAUUUAUUCACUGAACGUGGCAUGAACACGUUUAAUAAUCUGAUGAAAAAUAAAGACAUUCAAUGUGAUCGUAUCAGUAGUCAAUUUAUGGAAUGUUUUUUACGUUAUUGUUUUAUAGUUGAACGUGAAAUACAAGCGCAAGAUGUAGAUGCGAGUUUAUUAGAUCAACCGAUACCAAUGGACAAAUCUCACGGAACACGCUUAUCUGAACAAUCAAUUGAAACAGGAAGAAAACCUGUAGCAACAAAAGAACAACAAAUUGAACAAGAAAAACAAUUUAAUGCAUCAGCAAUUGCAACUAGUAGUUUCAUUAUGGAAAGAGUUUUAAAUUUGAAUACAAACCAAGUCAAACAAGCGAUUUAUAGAGGCUUGAAACCACUUGUAGUAAAAGAAGAAAAAAUACUCGCUUAUACUGGACUUACAUUAGAUAAGUUGUGGCAAUAUUCGUCGGAUUUAACAAGUGAUAAAAAUGUUAGUUCAAUGGCAUGGAAUCGAAAAAAUCCCGAUUUAUUAGCUGUUGGCUAUGGUCCAUUUGAAUUUAAUGAUCAAAAUCAAGGUUUAGUAUGCUGCUGGUCGUUGAAAAAUCAAGAAUUUCCUGAGCGCUACUAUCACACAACAGCAGGUGUUACAACUGUAGCAUUUUCUAACAAAUAUCCAUCUUUACUAGCCGUUGGAUUGUUUGAUGGAACAGUGAAUAUUUAUGAUGUUAAAAAUAACGAUACUAAUCCGUUGUUAGAUACAGGAGAAUCAGCUGGAAAACACAACUCUCCUGUUUGGCAGUUAUAUUGGGUUGAAGUUGAAAAAGGUCGAGAAGACGAUAGUGAAGUAUUAAUGUCAAUAUCAACUGAUGGCAGAGUAACGCAAUGGUUAAUCAGAAAAGGAUUUGAAUCAACCGAUUAUAUGAAAUUGAAGCGUAUUCUAAGCAAACAAACUCGUCGUGAACGUGAAGUACCAAAAGAUGCAAAACAGACAAAAUCAGAUAAUAUUCUAUUUCGUAACGCGGGUGGUUUAUGUUUUGAUGUGUGUCCAGACGAUAAAACAAUUUAUUUAUGUGGCACAGAAGAAGGACUUGUGCAUCGUUGUUCCGUAUCAUAUAAUGAACAAUAUUUGGAUACUUAUUCUGGACAUACGGGACCUGUUUACAAAAUUGCUUGGAGUCCUCUAGCAAAAAAUGUGUUUUUAAGUUCAUCAGCCGAUUGGACAAUGUGUUUAUGGAUUGUGAAUCGAUUUGAACCAUGUUUGACCAUGAUAUCAAGAAAGAAACCGGUGUUUGAUAUAUGUUGGUCGCCAAUAUCAGCUACAAUGUUUUGUUGUGUUAAUGAAGAAGCUGUUGAAGUGUGGGAUUUAUCGAAAAAUACACUCGAACCGGUCAAUGUUAUAUUAGCCACACAACAAUACAUGUUUACUUCAAUAACAUAUGCACCAAACUCAGAAUCUGUUCUGGCUGGCACAAACACUGGUGCGGUAAUGGUCUAUCAUUUAAAGAACUUGCCUCCUCCAUCAUCGGCUCAAGAAUUACAACGAUUAAUCGAACAACAGACGAAUAUAAUUCCUUUAGAUAACAAUUCAACUGAAAGCAACACUGAGACAACUCAAAAUCCAUCGAAAAGUAGGCUUUGA